AUGAGCCAGGAAGCGGGGAACGCACCCACAAGUGCCCCCGAGGCAUCGCCCGCCCCCGCUGUCAACUCCAGCCCCCCCACCGCCGCCGCCACUGCCGCUCCGACACCCGCUGCGGCUCCUGCGGUUCCGGACGUUGCUCCGGUUACUGCUGCCCCGGCAUCGGCGCCAGUCGCGCAGCCUAACCACACCACUCCCGCCAAGCACACCUCCCAGCUGCAGAUCGUCAAUGAGAAGCAGGAGUUUACUAAGGACCUGUCGAAGGCCCUGGACAAGUGGGGUAUGCUCGACAAAGGCUUUUCCUACGACAUUGUGGCCGUCUUUGGCUCGCAGUCGACGGGAAAGUCCACGCUCCUGAACCGGCUGUUCGGUACCAGCUUCGACGUCAUGGACGAGUCUAAACGUCAACAGACUACGAAGGGUAUUUGGAUGUGCCCGUCUGCGUACAGCUCUACGCUAGUCAUGGACGUCGAAGGCACGGACGGUCGAGAGCGAGGAGAAGACCAGGACUUCGAGCGCAAGAGUGCGCUCUUCUCGCUCGCGUCGACCGAGGUGUUAAUCGUCAACCUCUGGUGA